AUGGGUCAGCAAUAUUCUCCAGGGGGCAACGCUGGCUCAGAGGACCCGUCAAAUCCAAACCCCCCAUUCUCUGAAUCAACCUCCGAAGGAACUAUACGUCCGAUUCGCGGCUCGAUUGGCUCCGAAAUUCCCGGUGCGUUGAACAGCCCCAGUGUGCCCAUCAGCCUCUCCGGUACAACAGCGUGGAAAUUGAUGGAAGCAUCUCUUUCCAAAUUCAACAGACUCAUCGCGUCUAACUCGCUUGCAAAACACGAGGAUGAAGUUCCACUAGAAUCAUGGAGGGAUGAGCUGUCUCGAUUUCACGUAUGGGUGAGGACCAUUGGAGACCAUCAAGAUGGUCCAGGGUCCUUAAUCUACCGCCUCACAUGCGAGCCGCAUCUCUAUAGCCAGACCGUGAGACUCCUAGAGAGUUUCCAGGAGUUGCUUGCCGACCUCGAUGAUACCAUAUCUGGGGCUAAUCCAACCAAUAACCCCCAGGAUGAGGAAAGUGAAGACGAAGAAGGGAUAGACAGUAUCGAUCGAUUUACGGAGAUCCAGCACAUCCACAAGAAUAUGAAGGAGACAUUAAGUUAUCUCAAUCGGGUUUCUGCAGUCAUUCCCAAAACAGCAAAACCCACAGUCCUCUCCGAUAAUCAGACCAGCAGAUCAGAUGUUGGCCCAGUCAGGCCCGUGGGAACCAAACCUGUCUCAAACGCUGGCAAUCCCCAGUCCUCAUGGUCCGGCACGCCCUCCACCCCAGGCACCCCUAGCCCUCCAUCGCCAUUUCUGCCGAGCAGUAUGAGUCAAGAUCUAAAGGCUGUGAAUUCAACAGAACAGAGUGGCGAGGUAAACCGUGUGCCGAAGGACCCUCUUGGUGACGGGCCGCCUGCUGGAACUUCUCAAGUCGCAGUUGAAUCCAUUUUGGUCAAGAGGGAGAAGCAAUCAUACAAUCUCAAGUCCAUCGAAAUAGACGACAUAAUCUCGCGGCUCCUAGAUACGGCACGUUUGACCAAAUUCGACCAGACGGUGCGCCUUAACAAUUUUGAGAUCACCACCAUUUGCGUACUAGCUCGUGAACUCCUCCUUUCCGAGCCCACUCUCUUAGAGGUAUCCGCCCCCAUUAAGGUCGUCGGCGAUAUCCACGGUCAAUAUGCCGAUAUGAUCCGAAUCUUCCAAAAAUGCGGAUUUCCGCCGGAAUCGAACUAUCUUUUCCUCGGCAACUAUUCAGGCCGAGGAAGGCAGAGCCUAAGAACCAUCCUCCUACUCCUAUGCUAUAAAAUCAAAUACCCGGAGAAUAUCUUCCUGCUUCGGGGCAACUACGAGUGCGAAAGCGUUUGUAGAGUGUCUAGCUUCUAUGACGAGUGUAAGUGGCGUUAUAAUAUCAAUAUCUGGAAGCAUUUUAUCGACACUUUCAACUGCCUCCCUAUCGCGGCGAUAGUAUCCGGGAAGAUCUUCUGCGUUCAUGGCGGGCUGUCUCCUAGUCUGUUACAUAUGGACGAUAUUCGCGAUAUCGCUCGGCCUACUGAUAUACCCGACUAUGGGCUGUUGACCGAUCUUCUGUGGAGUGAUCCGGCAAGCGGUAUGGAAGAAGACUGGGAGCCUAAUGAACGCGGCGUGGGCUACUGUUUCUGUAAAAAGGUCAUUAACGACUUUUCGGACCGACAUGGCUUUGAUUUGGUGUGCCGGUCCCACAUGGUGGUCGAGGGUGGGUUUGAGUUCUACCAGGGCCGAACCCUGGUGACCAUCUUCUCAGCUCCGAAUUAUUGCGGCGAGUUCGAUAACUGGGGCGCUAUCAUGUCCGUUUCGGAGGACCUCCUCUACUGA